GCUCUGCGUACAACUACGGCAAAAAAAUCUCAGUGUGUGGAAGUGAUGCUGCACCUAUAGGCACACUGUCCACCUGCUCCGUUACACUGACAGUCCAUCAGUAUUUCUCAAAAUAGAUAUUUUGCUCUCCAUCACUCUGCCAAACCACGGGAUGACAUUAAAUGGCGUGUCCGAGGAUACGAUUUACAAGUUUUUUAGCUGUUAAUUAAACGCACAGAGAAAAAGAAAACAACCUCACUAAACAGUUUUCGUACAUGCGAGGAGCUUUCCCAGGUUUUUUUUUUUUUUUUUUGCUCCCGGUGAUGACUGUAUGAAUGUACUGAAAUAAGAAGUACUGCACAUUGACAAACCCAUUUGGAGCAGCACUAUCUCUCCGCGCGCGUGGGAUUCAAGCAGUAGCCAGGCGCGAGACAUCUGAGGAAUUACAUCGUCUCUUCUCAAAAGUCAUUCGCAGAUGUUUUUUGCCGUUCGUGCGUGGACCGUGGACUUUUUCAUGGACAUGGAUCGUUUUCUCUAGUUGGAUACCGACUGGUCACUACGUGAAGCUGUUUGAUUCUGGGAUUUUCUUCAGUCUGCUUCACGGCACUUCAUCUCCUCAGUGAUGCCGCUACGUGACGGGAAUUGAGAGUUUCCAUAUUCACAGAGAAAUCCGAGCAGACCUUGCAGAUCUUUGAAGAGAGUGCAGCACCUAUUCUGAGUAUGGACUUGGCAAGUGAGGCCCAUGUUCUGGUGGUUUUACUCACCUGCCUGUUCUUGAUGUGCCGGGCUCAAGAGAAGGACUACACCGUAAAAGAGGAGCAGCCGGAGAAUGUGCGCAUCGGAAACCUGCGCAAAGACCUAAACUUGAACCUAGAUCCAGACAUUAAACUGUCUUCUGCGCUGCAGUUUAAACCUGUCUACAAGACGGGUGAUGUGCCUUUGGUCAAGGUAGAAGCAAGCACGGGAGAGAUUUUCACCACAGCCAACCGCAUCGACCGUGAGAAACUCUGUUCCGGAGUCUUCACCGAGAAGCGCUGCUUUUAUGAGAUCGAGGUCGCCGUGCUACCCGACGAGAUUUUCCGACUGGUCAAGAUCCGCUUCCUCAUCGAAGACAUCAAUGACAACGCCCCGCUCUUUCAGUCGACGGUUAUCAACAUCUCCAUUCCAGAAAACACAGCCAUCAACAGCCGCUACCCUGUCCCUUCCGCAUUUGACCCUGAUAUAGGGAUCAAUGGGAUUCAACACUACGAGCUUGUCAAGAGUGUGAGCGAAUUUGGCCUGGACAUAAUCGAGACGCCUGAAGGAGACAAAUGGCCCCAACUCAUAGUCCAGCAGAGCCUCGAUCGGGAGACGAAGGACACCUUUGUGAUGAAAAUUAAAGUCGAGGAUGGUGGCACCCCUCCAAAGUCCAGCACAGCCAUUCUGCAGGUCACCGUCUCAGAUGUGAAUGACAAUCGGCCGGUGUUCAAGGACAGCGAGGUGGAGGUAAACGUUCCUGAGAAUGCCCCAAUGGGAACAUCUGUUACACACCUUCAUGCCACAGAUGCUGAUCUGGGAUCCAAUGCUCAGAUUCACUUCUCCUUCAGCAACCAAAUCUCCCCUGCCACCAAACGACAUUUUGCUAUUGACAGCACAACUGGACUGAUUACAGUCAAGCAGCCAUUGGACAGGGAAGUAAACCCGGUGCACAAGCUUAUAGUGCUGGCCAGUGACGGAAGCUCUAUCCCUUCAAGGGCUACAGUGACAGUCAAUGUUACAGACAUUAAUGACAACGUCCCCUCCAUUGAUACCCGUUAUAUAAUGAAUCUCGUUAAUGGCACUGUGCUGUUGUCUGAAAAUGCCCCCCUUAACACAAAAAUAGCCCUAAUUACUGUGACUGACAAAGAUGCGGAUCUGAAUGGUAAAGUUACUUGUUACACUGAUCAUGAUGUACCUUUCCGACUGAAGCCGGUCUUCAAUGACCAGUUUUUGCUCGAAACCGCCGCACCCUUAGAUUACGAGACCACUCGAGAGUAUGCAAUUAGGAUAGUUGCAUCUGACUCUGGGAAACCACCUCUGAACACUUCGGCAAUGGUCCUGAUUAAAAUAAAGGAUGAGAAUGACAACGUCCCAGUUUUCCCUCAGCCUGAAAUCCAGCUGUCCAUUCCAGAAAACAAUGACCCGGGCACACAGUUGAUAAAAAUCAGUGCAACAGAUGCAGAUAGUGGUUCUAAUGCCCUUAUUAUUUAUAGUCUUGGCCCAGAUGCUCCUGAUGGGUUUAACAUAGAUCCCCGUUCUGGAAUCCUUUCUGUUGUCAAAAGGCUGGAUAGAGAGAAGCAGGAGAAGUAUUCAUUCACAGUCAUUGCCAGGGAUAAUGGUUCUACCCCUCUCCAAAGCAACGUCACCGUCAAGCUAAUAGUCCAAGACCAAAAUGACAACAGUCCAGCUUUUACCCAUCCCGAGUACAACUUCUAUGUGCCUGAGAACCUGCCUUUGUAUGGGACGGUGGGUUUGAUCACUGUCACGGAUGCAGAUGCUGGCGACAAUGCAGUCGUCACUCUCUCGAUCAUAAAUGGGAAGGACAAUUUCAUCAUUGACCCCAAAACCGGGGUGAUCAAACCAAACAUUACCUUUGACAGGGAGCAACAAAGUUCCUACACGUUUGUUGUCAAGGCUGUGGACGCAGGUCAAAUGCAAACCACCUCUUAUGCCAAGGUCACCAUAAAUGUUGUUGAUGUGAACGACAAUCGACCGGUGUUUGUCAUCCCCUCCUCAAACUACUCCUAUGAUCUAGUACCUUCAACCACCAGCCCUGGUUCAGUGGUGACCAGAGUGUUUGCCAUUGACAAUGACACUGGGAUGAACGCUGAGCUGCAGUAUAGUAUUAUUGGAGGGUCACCGAGAGGACUGUUUGCCAUUGACAAAACGACAGGCAACAUUACUCUGCAGGAGAAGAUUGUAGCAGCAGACCAAGGACUUCAUAGGCUAGUUGUAAAGGUCAAGGACUUGGGACAGCCUGAGUCCUUACACGCAAUCGCCCUUGUUCAUUUGUUUGUGAAUGAUACAGUCUCCAAUGCCACAUUCAUCCAGGAACAACUUCGCAAGAGUUUGGAGACUCCUUUGGAACGGAACAUUGGGGACAACGAGGUGACACCCCAGACCAAUGGCUACGUAAUUGUUGUUAUUGCCAUAAUAGCUGGGACUAUGACGGUUAUCCUGGUGAUCUUUGUGACUGCUUUGGUACGCUGCCGACAGACACCGAGACACAAAGUUGUCCAGAAGAGCAAGCAGAGCGGCGAGUGGGUAUCACCCAACCAGGAGGGUCGGCAGAUUAAAAAGAAAAAGAAGAAGAAGAAGAGAUCCCCAAAAAGUUUGCUGCUGAAUUUCGUAACCAUUGAGGAACCCAAGAACGAUGACCCUACUCAUGAGCACAUCAAUGGCACCUUAGACCUCCCUGUUGAACUUGAGGAGCAGACAAUGGGAAAGUACAACUGGGCUACCACACCGACUACCUUCAAACCCGACAGUCCUGACUUAGCCAAGCACUACAAAUCCGCUUCCCCUCAGCCAACAUUCCAGAUCAAACCAGAGACCCCUGUGGCUCCCAAGAAGCAUCAUGUCAUUCAGGAACUCCCACUGGACAACACAUUCGUGGUGGGCUGUGACUCACUCUCCAAAUGUUCCUCCAGCAGCUCCGACCCCUACAGCGUUUCAGAGUGCAGUUGUCAAGGGGGCUUCAAGGCACCUGGACAAAUCCACACCAGACAGGAGACGGCACUGAAACCACCACUCUAUGGCACACUCUGUGGCACAGGUACAGCUCGCUCCCACAGGAUAAAAAUCAAUCUCUAGCUGCCAUUUCCUAAAGAGAGGGAGGGAGGGAGAGGAAGGCACUCACUGAAGAGGUGAAAACACGAACUGUACACAUUCUCCAGCCUCAAACGGGUCCUAGAGAGUAACGCCAGACUAAUUUAAACGUCCGAAACUCUGCUUGUGACUUGUGGGAGGUUUGAAAUGCUUUGUUUAACCCCUUUUGUCCUCAUUCACCGGGUGCACCGAAUAGGGCACGAGAGACACCUCCACUCCAAUAUGAAUAUGGCAAAGACCUCUGUAUAGGAUGUUUAUAUAGAAAUGUAUUUAUGUAUAGCAGCAGCACAGUCCUUGUCGUCUGUGUGUCUAUUUAUUGAUUUUGUUAACUGAUUCUCUUGAUUGACAUAUUAGACAAAGUUCAAUGAAACUUCGACGUGCCUGGUGGUUGUUUCUCUUUUUUUCCAUUUUCAUAUCCUUUGCUCACCUGCUUUUACUGUUUCAUUUGUUCAUUCUGUGCUCGUAUUCGAUAGAUCACGGCGAACUCCUCGUCACCGAUUGCCACGGCUCUCCUCGCACCGUCCCAACGCUUGUUAACAUUGAAAUGCAUGGCCCUCAAUAGGAGGUACCAACACGUUUUAGCUCUGUCACUGAUUGCCUCUGACUUUGGGACGCGGAAGAUUCAAAAAGAACCCUAAUGCUUUGCUAAGCUGCCAUCAUAUGGGACAGCGCUCCCGCUUCCUAAUCAAAGAAACCCCUUGUACGCAGUAGAAAGGGACACCGGGUCUGACCUCUAUAUGUUGUCUGUUGUAGUCCGCUUUUACUAGAGCCAAUAUAACCUGAGAUGUAUUUACUGAUUUUGAAUAGAAAGCCUCUGGCAAUCUUGUCAUACGAGAUGGUAGGUUUUAGUUACAUCACCUAGGUGUUUGUAUAUUCUGAAACUGACAUGCUAUGUAUUCUUACAACCGAGACGACAAAAAAAAAAAAGUAUAUUAAAAGUAGAAAAUACAGUACAGAGCACGAGAAUACAACGUGGACUAUUCAGAUUUUAUGUCAACAGCAAUAAAUUUACGAUAAAUCGAGAACUCACCGUACAUGAGCACUUUGAAGUUGUGAUAAUAAGCAUCCCACAGCUAAAGCUCUCUUUUGUGAAACUUAACAGCCGGGUAUUUCCGUCUGGAAUGACUUACAUCACUAAUAAAUUGCUUCGAUGGAUAGCACUUUUGUACGAGCAGUAAUUUACUCCUUUUUAGCAAAUGGACUGAUUUGUAGAAGUGUCUUUGGGCCCAAAUGUUUGACCUCUUAUUCUUGCGGAGGUAUCAGAUGUCUUAAUGGUGUCAAGUGUAACGCUCUGGAGUAGGAAACACAGAAUGACUCGCAUAGAAAACUGCAGCACUGUGCAAGAAACAAUUAGACAUGCCUGGAUAUUUGCCAUUGACAAAGAAUGAGAGGGGAGGGGGAAAAAAAUGAAA